AUGUUAAUGAUGUCUAAAUUAGUAAGAAGAACUUUACUUCCAGCAAUACUCCUUUCUACAAUUCUCUUUUUCCUUAUUGUUGAAACUUCAAAACAACCCAAUGAUUCAUUAUAUGAUGCAAGUUCUCAAAUAUUCGAUUCAAUAAGUCAUUUCACAUUCGCAUCAGACAACACCAACCAAGGUCAACCUCUUCUAGCUGAAAAAGUUAAAUCAGAUACUGAUAAAUCCACUGAAGAGAAAGAGAAAGAGAAAGAAAAGGAAAAGGAAAAGGGAAAAGAAGAAGAAAAUGCUUUAGAUCCAUGUACUGUUUAUAAUCCAAGAAGUCAAGGGUUUAUUGAUUUAAGAGAAUUAUCUUCUUUAUCUAAUGAAGGUAAAGCUUUACCAUGGAUUGCUAAAGGUUAUGAUAGUGGUAAAAAUUAUACUUUGGGAAUUUGUUCUAAUCCAUUUAAAAAACAACAUGAUGAAGUACAUGAAAUUCAAGAUAAAGUUAAUGCAAGCUUGAUUGGAGGUUAUUAUAUUGAUUCAAAAACUAAUAAAUAUGUAUCAAUUGGUCAAUAUGCAACUACUCCUGUGUUUAGAGGUAGAAAAUUAACUUUAACUUAUGAAAAUGGUUCCUAUUGUGAUGCUGUUGAUAGUAUUACAAAUCAAAGAUUGAGAAAAUCAACAAUAUUGACAUUUACUUGUGAUCGUGAAAUGAGUGCUAGAGCUCUGGUUUCUUUUAUUGGACAAGCAAAUGAAUGUACUUAUUUUUUCGAGGUUAGAUCUCAUCAUGCAUGUCCAACAGCUCCCAAAUCAAAUAAUUUAGCUGCUGUUUGGAUUUUCGUACUUAUAUUUUUGGCUGCUAUUUUUGUUUAUUUCUCUGGUGGUGUUUUAUAUAGACAAAUGAAAAGGGCAUCAAAUGACAAUAGAAGUAAGAUAUAG